CCCCCCACAAAAACCUGUCUCCUCACUGGUUCAAUUUACCUUCAUCUCAUCUCAUCCUCACCCACAGCCUGAGCACAGACCAUUUUUAUUUUAUUUUAUAUUUCCCACAACCGAAUGUUGUAGUUUUUUUCUGUUCUUUUCUUGUGUUGUGUUGCUUUAUUUGUUCUGUUGUUGGGUAUUUGUUCCUUCAAAAUCUACCCCUCCUUUCGCCCCGUUUGUGUGUGUGUGCUAUGUGCAGUGUAUGUGUGCUCUCCCCUUUUUUUGCGAAUUCGCAAAAAAAGGGUAAACCCCUUCAUAUGAAAGAAUGAAACCCGAAAAGAAGAACAUACUACUACUACCGAAAGGGGUGUGCGAGUGUGUGUUGGGGGGGUAGAUGAGAAGGAGGAGUGAGGAGGGGAGCUAAUGUGUGCGCUUGUUCCUCGCAUCGCGCAAACCAUCUUUACCAGUCUCCGUUCUGCCGCUUGGUCUUGCGCGUUUGGUCGAGCUGUGUCUUUGCUAUCCGACCCGGGUGUGGGUACGAUCCUGUAUGUGUGCGUGCCGCUCUGUGUUUUGUCCGUGCCGUGCCGGUGUGUUUGUGGCCGGGUGUACGUGUGCGCCAUCGAAUACCGCGAACACGCGCGCAUCGGCCGUUCGUUCGAUCUUUUUUUUUUGAAUAUUCGUUCGUUCGUUCGUUGGGAUUCGGUGCCGAAAAGCGUUUCGGUUGGUAGCGCCACUAGAGCUGCAGUUGAAUUUUGCGCACGCCGUUCGUCUGCGCAGUCGCCUUGCGCCACCGGGAAGAAGGUCCGUGCGUACGGCAAACAUCCGGUAGAAACCGUUUCCCCACCCAGCCAGCUAGGUGGCAGUUGCCGCGGUACGAUCGCAGCAGUCUCGAUCGAUCCGAACAGUUGGACAAAAACAUUAAGCUAAGGGAUAACAAGGAUAACACACCGCGGCGAUUACGGAUCGGGCCAACAUGUCCAGUGCAUCGAUCAGUACACAACCUGUAGUCCACAAACCUGGGACGAUCUGAGCGAAAAAAGAAUCCUCCCUUCCGUUCGUUUGUUGCAGCAUUAUCCUUAACAGCGAAAAAGUGACAGAAAAAGAAAACCCGAACUCGAACGACAAUGUGAUCCCGACCAGUGUGUACCGUUUUUGCAAUGGGGAUGCAUUUGACGUUUAUCUUGUGAGGUGUGAUCUGGUCCAUUUCCGGGGUUUUGGGGGGAGUUGGCUGUACCUGUGUACGUGUGCCAGUGCGUCAAAGUGUUACAAGUGACCGUGGUGAAGAUAGUUUUGUUUGGCCCCGACCGUUACUCGGGUGUGUCGAUAUCCGGUCGAUGAAUCAUCUUGUCUGCUUAUCACUACCCGUUGAUAGUGUGUGCUUGUGAAUCAUUUCCGGUGUGUUAGUCGCUGCUGGUGGUGGUGCUUGAAAAAUUUGUACCUCACUGUUAAUACGGAUGUGCGUUGGUAACAGCUAGUUGGCAUACGAUCGUUGCCGAAUAACUGAACUGUAUUUAUUUAGCAGCAAGGAAGUUAUAAUUAUGCGUUUGGUACUGAUUGUGAUCUAUUUGAUACUUAUAAUGCCCAUCACCGGCCUGUGGAGAGCCGAAGGUAGCAAUGUGCUGCUCGAACCGGAACGGGUCUGUGACAGCAAGCACCGGAAGUCGGGACGGCUUUCGGGGAAGUUGGCUGACAUCUGCAAGAACCACACAUCGCUGAUGCGCGAGAUCCACCGGGGCAUCAGCUUGGGUUUUCGGGAAUGCGAGAACCAAUUCCGGCACAACAUGUGGAACUGCUCCUGGACCAUCAAACGCAGCAUGCGCCGAAUUCUGGCCAAAGAUACGCGCGAGACAGCGUUUGUGCAUGCGAUCACCGCCGCCGGUAUAACGUACGCGGUAACGAAGGCCUGCACGAUGGGCGACCUGCUGGAGUGUUCCUGCCAGAAGCACACGAAAUCGAAACCGGACGAUGGACGGCGGGGUCGGGGCGGUGGCUUCAAGCCGGCCGGUGGUAACCGUCGCCGUGUUGGCGCUGGGAACCGUCCCGCCCCGAACAGCCACCCGAUGGUGCCCUAUCAGCAAAAUGUCAAUGCGAAUCCAGCCUACAGCACGCUGACACCGGCCGAGAUUGCGCGGAACGGUCGCGUCCAGCCGGCGGUCCGUCGUCCCAACCGCCGUACGCAGCGUCGCUCACCGAAGGAUGUGAAUGGGGGUGUGGUUGGUGGCGGGGGUGGCGGCGGGGGGGUAUUACCCACGCUCGGACCGGGCCUGCUGAAGGAGCAUUCCACGUACACGAUAUCACCCGGCCAGGAGGACAAAUGGAAGUGGGGCGGUUGCAACGAUAAUGUGAUUUUCGGUGUUCGAAAAUCGAAAGACUUCCUGGACGCCCGGUUGCGCAAGAAGAGUGACAUUAAGACGCUGGUCCGACUGCACAACAAUAACGCGGGACGAUUUGCGGUCAAGCAGUUUUUGCGCAAGGAGUGUAAAUGUCACGGGCUGUCCGGAUCGUGUACGACCAAGACCUGCUGGAUGAAGUUGCCCCCGUUCUCGGAGGUGGGCGCCCGCCUGAAGGAACACUUUGACGGUGCGACAAAGGUGAUUGCGCGUAACGAUGGGCACAGCUUCAUGCCGGACGAUGCGACGAUCAAGCUGCCGACCAAGCGCGACCUCGUCUACACGGAAGAUUCGGACGACUUCUGCGAGCCGAACGCAAAGACGGGUUCGCUCGGGACGCACGGGCGCGAGUGUAACAUCACCUCGAGCGGUGUCGACGGGUGUAGCCUGAUGUGCUGCAAGCGGGGUCAAUCGCACAGCCAGGUGGAGGUGAAGCGCAACUGUAACUGCAGCUUCAAAUGGUGCUGCGAGGUUACGUGCAGCACCUGCAUCGACAUCCAGGAUGUGUACACCUGCAAAUGAGUGACUGUUAGAUGAAUGUUCUUGGAAGGCGCAUGUCGUUCCUUGGGCUUUAGGCAAAAUCGCAGUACGCUUUGGUAGAUGCCUGCCGGGUAAAUAGUAAGAGCCAUGGAAAUGGAGCUUGAGUUGCACCACAGUGAGAGUAAGGAGAUCGAAUUGUUGACCAGUGUUUUGUAAGUAAUCAGGGAAGUUAUCGAGUAAACCGAAUGAAGCAAGAGCGCAUCAAUGCAGAAAUGUUAAAGACUGAUGAAAUUAUAUGUGAACUUUAAACAGAUUCGAAUGCAACAAACCCCACUACCGUUGGACAUCGCCAAGUGAUGAUUGAAAAAUGGCCCACAUUAACCAGUGGGCUGAAGCAUAUGAAAGAAGCAAUCAGAGAGCAUCGUUGUGUACAUACCGACCAACACCCCUUCCCAUACUUUUUCUCCAAAACCUCCACCCUGCCCCCCGCCUCAACCCCAAAAUUCCUCAAUUAUUCUUCCCAAAAUCAUUUAACUACUCUAAUGCUUUUUGUGAUCUGUGGUGAACACACAACCGUAAACCGAUUAUGAUAUUUAUUGUUAAGUGCUGAUCGUGUACGAUCGAACGAUGACUGUGCGAGCGGAUGUGUGUGUGUGCGUGUUUAUUAUACUUUUUUUUUUUUGGUUGCCACGAAUGAAAUCGAACGAACGAAUUUAGUAGUUUUUUUUUUUGUUUGGGGUGUAGAUGAGAGCUGAGAUGAAAUCAUAAUAAAAUUGCAAAAAUCAAACACAGCGCACAAACCGCCUGGCUACAGUGGUGUUAUUUACAAUGUUGAAUGCAAAACAUUUAGCAAACCUUCGCAAAAAGCGUUCCAUUAUGGUGGGUUUUUUUUCGACAACAAUUUCCACAAUCAACCCAAGAAAGAAAGGGCACCCCAAACCGAUCCCACUUUGUUGAGACAGACAGAUAGAAAAAUAAUAAAAAAAAUCCAUACACCCCGUCACCUGUUGUGACCUAAAUUGCGAAAA